GAAUCGUUUGUUUCCUCAUCGUCUGUUUCCAGUUGAAUCGUCUCAUUAAGAGCUACAAGCGCAAGAACAGCAACAUGGCAAGUUACUUCUCCAGCGUCUCUUUGAGUGCUCGAUCCGGCAAGUCAAGUCGGAUUUCUAGUGCUUCUCGUGCCGUCAGCGUUUACGGAGGAGCAGGGAGUUCAAAUGUGCGAAUCUCCAGUGCACCCCUGAGUUUCCAGCAGACCAGCUACAGCUCCAUGGGCUCAGAUGGCUCGGCUGUAAUCGGAAACGAGAAGCAGACGAUGCAGAACCUGAAUGACCGUUUGGCCUCCUACCUGAUAAAGGUACGGUCUCUGGAGAAGGCCAAUGCCGAACUGGAGCUCAAGAUCCGCCAGUUCCUUGAGCACAAGGCAUCACCCAAGGCCCGAGACUACUCUGCCUACUUCGCCACAAUCAGUGACCUGCAGAACAAGAUCUAUGCAGCUAUCCAACUGAAGGGAGGAGUUCUCCUCAAAAUGGAGAACUCUCGUCUGACAGCGGAGGACUUCAGGAUGAAGUACGAGCAGGAGUUGGCGAUGCAUCAGAUGACGAUGGGUGAGAUCGCGGGGCUGAAGCAGCUGCUGGAGGAACUCAAAAUGUCAAAGAAGGACCUGAUGAUGGACCUGGAAAACCUGAAGGAGGAACUCGCCUUCCUUAAAAAGAACCAUGAGGAGGAUAUCUCAAUGGCUCGUCAGCAGGUGGGCGGUCAGGUACAAGUGGAAGUCGACGCUGUGCCUCAAGAGGAUCUGAUUAAAGUCCUGGCAGAAAUCCGGGAACAUUAUGAAGCGACCAUUGUGAAGAACAAAAAAGAACUGGAGCUCUGGUUCAAAACCAAGACAGAUUCUCUGAAACAGGAAGUGGUCAGUCACACUGAGACCCUGCAGACGUCUCAAAGUGAAAUCAAAACCCUGAAAUCCCGUCUUCAGGCUCUGCAGAUUGAGCUCCAGACUCAACUGUCCAUGAAAGCAUCGCUGGAGAGCACGCUGAGUGACACCAAGGCCCGUUACUCCAUGCGAAUGUCUACAUACCAAACAGAGGUGGCCAGUCUGGAGGAGCAGCUGGGGCAGCUUCGUGCUGAUAUCCUUCACCAAUCUGAGGAGUAUCAGAUACUGCUGGACAUCAAGAGCAAACUGGAGCUGGAGAUCGCAGAGUACAGAAGACUCCUGGAUGGAGAAGCAUCCACCACUACGAAGACAACCUUCAGCAGCACCAGAACUAAGGUGAUCACAGUGAUGGAGGAGGUAGUGGACGGGAAGGUGGUGUCAUCAUCCACCACCUCCUUCAUUAAAAAAUGAAACUGAGAGUCAGAAGCUCCAACGUGUGACUGAGAGUUAAACACCGUCUGAGCUGAAUAAACACCACAACUCACUGCA